AUGUCCAAAUACCCUACAUCAACUGAGCCAGAGCAGAAUGCCAAACACGUUAGAUUUGAAGGAUCCUACUGCUUGAGAGAUUCUAAAAUGGAAAAAGAGUUUCAUGCGUACCUCAGUGAUCGUCACUGCCUUCUUAAUUGGAUGCAAGCCAGACUUGUGUUGUGCUCUGGAGAUGGUAAUGACAAAACCUCAUUGGUCAAUCUUCUUGCUGUGAAGUGUAAGCACAUCUUGGCCAUGCCAACUGGAUCAAUGAACUCUCAAUCGAGUUUGGCAUCUGGAUCAUGCACCUGUCAGCAUUAUUCUCGCAUGUGUAAGAAUCCAUAUAUCGACAUUGAAGCAGAACAGGACAACAACAACAACAACAACAAUGAAGAAGAUGACCAGGAGGAGGAGAAUAUCAAGAUCAAAAAUGGCCCCCUCAGAUGUGCCAAUGUCAUGCUCCUACCAGGACCAAAGCAUAAGCUCUUCAAUGUGAUUGAUAGGAUUGAGCAGAAUGUACACAGUGGGAGUAGUAGUAUAGUUGAUCGACUGUUGCCAGUCGCACCUUGCUUUAUUGCCGCCUUGCUACCUAAAAGGAUGUAUGUGUUUACUAUCCAUUUGACUAUGAGGAAAUUCCUUGCCAAGCACCUCCAAAAGCAAGAAUUCCCGGUUGUAGUAUCCCUAUGGAUCCCUGCUCACUUAUACAUGACUUCCAACAAUCCUCUCACUAUUAUGGCUGCUGUUCAUGACUCACUUAAGGUCUCCAUGAAGAAAUGGGACUGA